AUGGCGCUGAGGCUGAGCUCCAGAGAUGUAUCUGGAUUCAAAUUCCUCUUCUUUCUAACGAUCAUCUUCGGUCUCAUAUCGCUUCUUGUUUACUCCAUACUUCACAUGAAAUUCAUUAAGCCUCUCUCGAUCGACGCCCCUCUCGAUCGCUUCUCCGAGGCCAGAGCCAUCCAACAUAUUGCAGUUCUAACCAAAGACGGUCGUCAAGAAGGACGUCCUGGAUUAAGAAAAGCCGCGGUGUAUAUUAAAGAACAGUUAGAAAUGUUAAAGGAGAGAGCUGAAUCCAAUAUCAGAAUUGAGGUUGAAGAGGCAACUGUUAAUGGUUCCUUUAAUAUGGUAGUUUUAGGGCACAGCAUGUCUUUCGGUUAUAGAAACCAUAUUAAUAUUGUUGCCAGGAUAUCAUCAGCAGAUUCACAAGAAACUGACCCAUCUGUUUUAAUUAAUGGCCAUUUUGAUAGUCCUCUUGGUUCACCUGGAGCCAGUGAUUGUGGUUCAUGUGUUGCAUCAAUGCUGGAAUUAGCUAGAGUUACUGCAGAAUCUGGCUGGAUUCCCCUCGACCUAUUAUUUUUCUUUUUAACGGGUGCACAUGGCUUCAUGAAGACACAUAAAUGGCGUGAUUCAAUUGGAGCUUCUAUAAAUGUGGAAGCAUCUGGGACAGCUGGUCCUGAUUUAGUCUGCCAAUCUGGACCUGGGCCUUGGCCUUCUCAAGUAUAUGCAGAGUCUGCAGUAUAUCCCAUGGCACAUAGUGCUGCUCAGCUACAAAGUGCUCGAGAAAGAGAUUCUCUUGAAGCUACAGCAAAUGACUACAAGGAUGAGAGGGCUGUUUUCUUUGAUUACUUAUCAUUGUUCAUGGUAUUCUAUUCAAAAAGGGUAGCUCUGGUACUUCAUAGCAUUCCUACUGCCAUCUUUCUUGUCAUGCCAUUCCUUUUGCAUUUUUGGGAUUCUAGGUCACGUUCUUGUUUUGCAAUCUUCUAUGACUUUGUGAAAGGAAUGCUUUUUCAUGCUGCUGGGAUUCUAUUGGCAAUUAUUUUCCCAGUUAUCCUUGCCAUUGUGCGACUGCUCAUUUCUAAUUAUGCGAUGAGCUGGUUUGCACAUCCAUACCUGGCGUUCCUGAUGUUCGUCCCAUGCUCACUUGUUGGUUUGCUGAUUCCAAGAACUGUUUGGGGUUGUUUCCCCCUCUCUCAAAAUGUUUCAGCUAUCAAGAAGUCAGAGGAGUAUGUUGGAGUUUUGUAUGUGUCUUCUGGAUGGGUGUUUAAAUCUAGCCCAGGAGCACCAUCCAUCACUGAAGCUAGCAGAUAUUUGAAAUGGAGUGUAUUUUGUAGGCACUAUCUGAAGAAGCAAGGUUUUGGGGAGCAUUUGGAUUUUAUGCUUGCUUCACUUCGAUCCAUGGUUGCAGGGUACUAUGUUCCUGAUGUUGUAGUGGCAGCAGCAGUUGGGGUUGUAACUGGUUGGUGUGUGGGCCCACUAAUACCUGUUUGUAGUCAAUGGUUAGCUCGGUCUUCAAUCUUGCAGCUCUUGUUGCAUGUUAGUGUACUUGCUCUUGCUCUCUCGUCUCAAUUCUUUCCAUACAGCAAUGUUGCACCGAAGAGAGUUGUUUUUCAACAUACACUUGUUACUACUGAUGCAAAUAGGAUUGUGGACUCCAGCUAUGAAUUUUCUGUUUUAGAUUCCAAUUCUUUAUUAUUUCUUUUCAAAUAUGCUCCUGAAGCGGCAAAGGGACUGCAUAUUGGCCAAGAGUUAUCUUUUGAAACUGCUAAUAUGUCUCACCGAGAGACUUGUGACUUGGAGGAGGUUUGGGUUGCAGUCCUUAACAUCACCGGUCCUUUAUCAAGCUGGUCAUUAGCAGACAAUAUGCUUCCAGCUCCAGAAACAAUUGACGGUGGUCCACCAUCCUACAUAUUGAGACUAAGUGGAAGCAGCCAGGCAAAUUGGACUUUCUGGUUAGAGGCUAGCAGUUCUGACGAAUUGAGGGUGGAUGUUGCUGUGCUAGACCAAGUUUUAGAUGAUGAAGCAGAGAGGAUGAAGGGUCUUUUCCCAGAUUGGGCGGAUUAUGAAGUUCCCACCAACACUACGCAACGGCUACCAUAUAAAAAACGGAGAGUCCUUACUCGUAAAAGAGUCCCGCGAUCCUUCCCAAAGUCGGACGACUUUAGCCCUUUAAAUCUACUAGGGCGUGAGACAGAGAGAGACAUCAAACUGAAGAACAAGAAAUUAGUCGUAAAGCAGAGACAAAAACAGAGAGAUCGAGAGAUUAAUCAUACUCCAAAAAAAGCAAGCAAAAACAUGAGCGUAGCAGUAAUUCGAGAGUUUCAAAUCUGCGAGAAGCUCGGCAGUGGACAAUCCGGCACCGUUUAUCGUUGCCAAUCCCGCUUAACCCGUGACUCUUUUGCCGUGAAAUCCAUCGACAAGAGGCUAGACUCCUUCCACGCAGUUAAAUACGAGCCGCAGAUACUCCGCCUCCUCAGUCCACACCCUAACAUUAUCCAACUUCACAAGCUCUACGAGGACGAAAAUCACGUUCACAUGGUAAUCGAUUUCUGCCAAAACAAAGAUCUUUUCGAUUUAGUGUCCAACCGUAUAGGUGUUCUUAGUGAAAGUGAAGCCAGAUCCCUCUUUACUCAAUUAAUGAAAGCUAUCUACCACUGUCAUAAAAAUGGGGUCAUUCACCGGGACAUUAAGCCUGAAAACAUCUUAUUGGACACGAGAUAUAGGGUAAAGCUUGCGGAUUUUGGAUUAGCUAAGGUUGUUAGGAAGGGUGAGAAGGUGAAUGGUUGUGUAGGGUCAGUGUAUUAUAAAGCGCCCGAGGUUUUAUUAGGGAAUGAACACGAUGAGAAAGUGGAUGUGUGGAGUGCUGGGAUUGUGUUGUAUAUAAUGUUUGUGGGGAUUUCUCCAUUUAAUGGGGAAACGGUUGAAGAGAUUUCUGAGGCGAUUUUGAGGAAGGAUUUGAGGUUUCCCGAUAAAGUUAUUCGAUCGGUUUCAACAUCAGCUAUUGAUCUUUUGAAGAGGAUGCUUUGCAAGGAUCCUUCGAGGAGGUUGUCUGCUGAAGGAGUACUAAGUAAGCGAUCUGCUCGUCUAUUGGGUCCUUCAUAUGUGACCCCACCUUUUAUGCGGCUGGGCUGCAAAGCCCAUUCGGCUCUUCCAAUGAAAGUUCCCCGCUUGCUUGUUUUUGAAGUGGGCUUCAUAAGACGUAAGCUGAACCCAAACAGCCCAGCCCAAAGAAGAGAAGCGUUGAACAACUCUUCUUCUCUUCAACUAGAGCCACCAAAUCAACAUAUCUCCAGCUUCGACAGGGCAGAAGGUGCAGCCACCAUGGUGAAGUACUCUAGAGAGCCUGAUAAUCCCACCAAGUCUUGCAAGGCAAGGGGCUCUGACCUCAGAGUUCAUUUUAAGAAUACAAGGGAGACAGCUUUCUCACUAAGGAAGUUGCCUUUGAUCAAGGCGAAGAGGUAUUUGGAAGAUGUUAUGGCUCACAAACAGGCCAUUCCAUUCCGACGCUUCUGUGGUGGAGUGGGGCGUACUGCUCAAGCAAAGAACAGACACUCAAAUGGACAAGGACGCUGGCCUGUCAAGUCUGCCAAGUUCAUCCUGGAUUUGCUUAAGAAUGCCGAGAGCAAUGCUGAGGUCAAGGGUUUGGAUGUGGAUGCGCUCUACAUUUCUCACAUCCAGGUGAAUCAGGCACAGAAGCAGAGACGUCGUACUUAUAGGGCACAUGGAAGAAUUAAUCCUUACAUGUCCAGCCCAUGCCACAUUGAGUUGACUUUGUCCGAGAAGGAAGAGCCAGUUAGGAAAGAGCCUGAGACCCAACUAGCAACCAGCAAGUCAAAGAAGUCUCAAGCUUCCUCUUGA